ACGCAUGCGCGCUGGUGAAAGUGCGCCUGCUCUUGUAGCGCACAUUUGUUUGUUUUGAUAUUUUAAUCUUUCAUUUGAGACCAAUAUAUUUGUGCUAAAGGAUAAUUUCGUUCUGUUUUUAAAGUCGGGGCGCCAAUCUACGUGCUUAGAGUUGGUGGCAGUUUUUAUGCGCUCAAUUGGCUAAAAAGAGCUAACAAAUAGCUAAAAGAAGCUAGUUGUCUAGGCGGAUAGUUUAGAGUUUUGAGAUGAAAAAGACAAAAACGACACGACAGAGAAAGAACAUGUUCAUAAAUGAUUUCAGUCAUGCAGGAGGCUACACUGGGCUUCUUCUGUCCGAGCUGUAGGAUGUGAAUGUGCAGCAGGAUGGACCGGGAACUGUUGAAACAGAGUGUGACUUUUCAUGGAGCGUCACUGUUUAAAAAGCUCCAGUGUGAACAGACCGAGAACCCAGACUUCCAGGCGGCGGCAGCGGACCUGAGCAAGGCCACGCAUGAAGGAAAGGCUGACAAGAACAGCACCAGUGGCCUUGUGGAGCAGUUCAUCGCCCGGAAAGCCGACCUCCUCUUCCGUCCUUCGUGGAGAGUCUGUAAACCCCAAAGACCAGAGUAUGAAGAGGAGGAAGCUACAGAGCCUUAUGCCUUAAUGCCGCCGCUGGAGCUGUUCAUGGAGGUGCCGUAUGACGAGAGGAGAGCCAUGCUGUACAGAGACCUGGAGAAGGGGGAUGUUGUGGUGGGAAGAAUUAACAACAUCAGAGAAUAUGGCUUCUUUCUCACUCUGCUCUGCACCGCUGGAGGCCUGAAGAGAGACAUAGAGGACUUGGACCUUUCGGCUCUUUGUCAUAUAAGAGAAAUCCCCACGACUGGCAGCCAUGAUGAUCCUUUGUCAUAUUACCAGAUUGGAGACUUCAUCAGAGCUGGAGUGAAGGACAUCGACCGAUACCAGGAGAAAAUCACGGUGUCUCUGUACCAGGCGGCGCUGUCUUCCGGUCUUGAGCACAUCAAACUGGGGGUAGUUACUCGCGAGGAGCUUCCUGUACACUAUAGCCGAAGUUUACGCGCAGCUAAUGACUCGACUGAGACAUACGAGCGCAUCAUGAGCAGUUGCCAUGGUUACCAGAACCCAUGUGUGGUGGACUUCCUGUUGGAGAGAGUCGGAGUCAGUGACACUCAGCCUCCUUCACUCAUGAGGGGACUGCAGAGUAAACUUUUCCAAGAAGACGACUUUGCCCCUUCAAUUCGCAAAAAGCAGUCUGCAUCUUGGGCAUUGAAAUGCGUCCGUGCGGGUGUGGACCACUUUAAGAACGGGCGCCAUGUUGAGGCCAUGAAUGAAUACAACAAAGCCUUGGACAUUGACAAGAAUAAUGUGGAAGCCCUGGUCGCACGAGGAGCACUGUACGGCAACAAAGGCAGCAUUCUGAAGGCGAUUAGUGAUUUUGAGCUGGCCCUGGAGAACUGCCCUGAACACAGAAACGCCAAGAAGUACCUGAGCCAGACGCUAGUGGAGAGAGGAAGACAGCUGGAGGAGCAGGAGAAGCUGGUCACAGCAGAGGGUCUGUACAGAAGAGCUCUGUCUUUAGACGAGACGAACCCCGAGGCCCAAGACGCUCUCAACAAAAUCACUGAAACUAUACAGAAAUCGAUCCGUCUGAGAGAAGAAGCGAUGGCGAAGGAGAAGGAGCAGGCUCAGACUAAAAACAGCCAAACGAGCGCUGAUAAGUUACGUAAGAUCUUAAAAGAGGAGAAAAGGAUGAAGAAAAAACGCAAGCGCUCCACGUCUUCAUCUUCCACAUCCUCCUCUUCCCGUAGCUCCUCCUCCUCUUCCUCCUCAUCAUCUGGCUCCCGCCGCAAAUCCCGAAAAAAGAAAAAAAAGAAAAAACACAAAUCUAGCAAACGCCAUCGCAGAAUAUCCUCCAAGGAAAGCCGGAAAAGUGAUCAAGGAAAACGGAGCAAACAAGAAGAAGAGGAGGAGGAAAUAGAGUGGUACCCUGCUCCACCGAUAACGUCAGCUACGUUUCUUAACCAAAAAGGUGGACCAGGUUUCGGGGUUAAGGAUGUGUUUACGAAAGCCAAGUCUGGGCAAGAUCGGAGAAUUUCAAUAUCGGAUGAGGAUCGAAAGCAAGAUUGCGGAAGUCCUAGUUACAAGGAUAAUGACAACAGAAGGAACAGCGAUUUCAAGAGGAGGGAUAGCUUUGAAGACAGGCGUCGAAUCUCAACUUCUUCAGUAGAUUCUGAGCAUUCACGGAGGUCCAGUUUUCACUCCGAGUAUCCAAAAUAUACCAAAAGUGAUUCUUCAAGGAGGAGUUCAUUGGAAAGUGGUAGGUAUGAAAGAGGGAAUGGAGAGAAGGCGAGUGGUAGUAACAUCAAAAUGGAGGACAAUACAAGGCAAGAUAAAGCCAAGAAGGAUCUCCCUGCAAACCUUUUGGACAUAUUCAGCCAAAUCGAGCAGUUUGAAAAAGAGAAGGGAGUGAAGCCAAAAAAAUAAAGCUUUUCACCAUGGCAACAAUGUGCUAUAUAUAGAAAAUUAAAUUCACACAUAUUUGAGUAACGCUUUAUUAUUAGUCUGUCUACAUCUCCAGAGCUCAAAAUGCUCUGUUCCACCUUGUGAUGUCAUAUAGUGGUAAUUUUCAAGUUAACAGAUUCUAGGGCUGAACUCAUCCAAAUGAUUCUAAUGAAGGUGUAUGGAGUUUAAAAACACAGUGGAGUACUUCCUGUCUUGAAUGACAUCACAAGGUGGAACAGUGUGUUUCUGUUUAAGAGAAGGACUCAGCCUAAAUCUGCAGGGUUUGUGUGUUAAAUGUGUGAAUGAAACAAAACACAACUCCAGGUCUGUUUGUGCCGAGGAAACUACAUUAAAACAGAUCAGAAAAUGGCGCAGUAUCGGCCCUUUAAUCUUAAAGGUGCAUUAUGUAACUUUUCUGGUAUAGGGUUUGCCACAUGCUUGUCUCCAUGGAGAUGUUACGACUCUGCCUGGAAUGUUCUGCAAAAUUCAUGGACUUCAGCUUUCUGUUAUGUGACAUUUUAAGGACUUUUCACCAUUCUAAGAUGUAAUAUUUAGUUUUAAUGAGUUGAUUGCUAUGGCAACCUUACUAAUUUUUCAACAUUCUGAAACCCAUGGACAGUCUUAAACAUACUAUCUGCAUGGUACCAAACAAAUGGUGCUAUCAGGCUGCGAGAGAGACAAGAUCUGUGGAGAGGCGACCCCACUCACUAAGGAUGCAUUUAAUUGAAAAAAAAAAAAAAGUGUUUAAUAUAAUCCUGUGGAACAUUCCAGGCUUAAACAAAAAACAUCUCCAUGGAGACAAGUGGUUUCCAACACCAGAAGAGUUACAUAGUGCACGCUUAAGUGUCAAAAUAACGACAUUGGGAAAUUGUUCUUUCAAUUAGUGUUUCUAUGGGGUCAAGCUUUUGGAGCUAUGAAAGUUUACUUCCUGUUUACUUCCUUUUUUACUUCCUGUCUCAACCACACUCAGUAUCAUCUAUCUUAAUUUCUACAGUCUUAAAUUUCUGCUGUUAACAAAACUGUGAAUAACUAAAAAUUUUUAAAAUUUUAUAUGCAGGAUGCCUUCUCUCUCUUUUUUUCUUUUUUUUUUUCUUUUUUUUUCAAUCAAGGCUGCAUUCACAACAUGAUAACAGAACUUGAACAUGCAGUCCCAUUAUGAUUCUACAAAUGUUAAGUUAUUCAGAGCCAAAAACUACAUUGUAAUCAUCGCACCAAUGUUUUUUGUAUGCAUCGUGCAGAAGUGUCAUGAGUAAAUCUCUAACUUGAUCUGACUGUUUAAUCUUCAGCAAGGCUUUAGGGACUCAAAUGGGCAAUGACUAUGAAAUCCUGCAUACAGUGUUUUUCUUUAGGUACAAGGAAUUGACCUAACAAGCGACAUAUCUGUGUUAUGUUUGUUAAUCUGUCCAACAGAAUGUACAAAAGACCUCUAAGAGUAUUUGGAGUUUAUGAAUUCUCCAAAUAAAGGUACCGCUUUCAGUUAAA